AUGAGCCGUGUUUGGGACAGGAGACACUUCGAGUACCGCGAAGUGGACAUUCUGGAUCCGAAGAACUCGAAGUGGAAAUCGCUCUACGAGUUUGACAUUCCAGUGGUUCAUGUAGAUCGGACUGCAGCAUUGGCGAGCAACAAUGGCGGCGAGACAACAGCUGCUGCUCGAAAAUUGAAGCACAGGCUCACAGAAGCCGAGGUUGAAAAGGCCAUGGACGAAGUUGAGAAGUCAUGA